AUGACAACUGUAGUUCGCAUACAGCAAAGAGUGAAACAAUAUUUAGAAGAAAAUAAUACACAAGUUUAUCCAUUACCACCCUACAGUCUAGAUAUUAAUAUAAUUGAAAAUAUUUGGUCAAUUGUUAAAGAAAGGGUAUCAAAAAAAAUGUUUCGUGACCCAUCACAAGACCUAGUUCAGGUAUGUCAAGAUGCAUUUCAUUGA